AUGGCUAAUGACGAGCUCGAUGCGCUCAAUGCGCUCGAAAAGGAGGCGAAAGAGUACGACAAGGAUGCAGAAAUCAAUCGCAUCAUCAAGGCUUUCCGGCUCGAUGCCUAUGCCGUUCUAGACCUCCAACCUGGCGUGCCUGACUCGGACAUCAAAGUCGCAUAUAGAAAAAAGUCGCUUCUGAUCCAUCCGGACAAGACCACGAACCCUUCUGCUCCAGACGCGUUUGACCGGCUCAAUAAAGCUCAGUCCACACUUCUGGACGAGAAAGCUCGAGCACAGCUGGAUGAAUGUAUUGCCGAUGCCCGCGGCAUCCUGAUCAGGAAGCACAAGUACAAUCUCGACAGUCCGGAGUUGAAGACAGAGAGCUUCAAGAAGGAAUGGAGACAGAAGACGGUCGAGGUUUUGGUAGACGCUGAGGCUCGCCGGAGGAAGCAGAUGAAGGCCAAGAUGCAGGAGGAAGGUCGUGAGAAGCGUAAGGAAGAUGAGGAGAUCGAGCAGAGGAAGAGAAAACGGGACCAUGAGAAGUCAUGGGAGGAUACCAGAGAAGAACGCAUUGGUAGCUGGCGGGAUUGGCAAAAGGGAGCGAAGAAAGAAGGAAAGGAGGGUAAAAAGAAGAAACUGAAGGUACUGGGAUAG